AUGCUUUUAUGUUUUACUUUUUUAUUAACCAAUAAGUUAGUUUUGAUUGCUGGAAAUUUCGCGAAACUAGAAAGCCAACUAUAUCAAGAUCUUUUGUAUGAUUAUAAUAAAAUUCCGCGUCCAAUUAAAAAUAGCACCGAUGUUCUUACAGUAAAUCUGGGCGCAUCAUUAAUUCGAAUCAUUGAUGUGGAUGAAAAGAAUCAAAUUCUUACAACAAACUUAUGGCUUCAGAUGCAGUGGAACGAUUCAAAAUUAAAGUGGGAUCCAUCGAAAUAUGGUGGUAUCACAACAUUACAUAUCCCCAGCGAUCAAAUUUGGACUCCUGAUCUCGUAUUAUAUAAUAACGCAGCAGGUGAUCCGGAUAUAACAAUUUUUACGGAUGCUCUUGUUGCUUAUGAUGGACGUGUUUUGUGGCAGCCGCCCGGCAUUUAUAAAUCAUUUUGCCCGAUCGAUGUAACUUGGUUCCCAUAUGAUUCACAGCAAUGCGAGAUGAAAUUUGGCGCUUGGUCUUACACUGGUUAUUAUGUUGAUUUAAAACAACUUCCACAAGAUCAAGUAAUGAAUGGGAAAGACAAAUAUGGUCAAGAUGUUGAAACAAUGAAAAUAGGAAUGGACCUCAGUUUCUUUUAUCAAUCUGCAGAAUGGGAUCUAUUAUCAUUAUCAUCAGCUCGACAUUCUGUUCUUUAUAUAAGUUGUUGUGGUCCGGAAAAAUAUGUCGAUAUUACUUAUUAUUUUGUAUUACAUCGGAAAACGCUGUUCUUCACUUGUACCCUAAUCGUACCAUGCUUCCUAAUAUCUCUUCAAACUACCACUGUUUUUUAUUUAACUGAUCAUAAAAUAACAUUUUCAAUAUCUAUGUUGGUUACAUUAACAGUAUUCUUUUUGGUUUUAAUCGAUAUAAUACCGCCAACUUCAUUAGUAAUACCUAUGUUUGGGCGCUAUCUAAUUACAACAAUGAUUCUUGUUUCACUCUCAACAGUUAUUUCGGUUAUCAUUGUGAAUUUUCGUUUCCGGAAUGGAUCUUCUUAUCGUAUGUCACCUUGGAUACGGAAAUUCUUCCUUCAUUUUUUACCAAAAAUACUGUUUAUGGAACAGAAUAUACGGAAACGAAAAACUGAAACUUCGAAGAAUAAAUUAGUUGAUGCUUUAUCGCUGAUAAAACAAAGAACGCCAGCGGAUGAGCUCUAUUACUGUUUCACAGCCCAAGAAAGAAGAAAUAAAUCCGAGAAAUGUUAUGCUCUACCAUCUUAUUCAUUUCAUUCUCGUUCUGGCUUAAGUCAUAGAGAAAAGAACGUCGAAGAGUUUUCUUAUGGACAUGAAGAUGAUGAUAAGAGUUAUACACAUUUCACACAUCAACAUCACUACUUAAAUGAUAUUGAAAAGUGGUUGAUUUAUAAGAGAUACAUGCUUUCGAAAUUAUUACAACAGAUUCGAUUUAUUGCCAACCAUUUCCGGAUAAAUGAAGAGAAAGCUAAGAUAUCUGAUGAAUGGACUUUCGUAGCAAUGGUACUUGACCGAUUAUUUUUUAUAAUAUUUUCUGUUCUAAAUAUUGGUACUUUCCUGAUUCUCUUGGAAGCGCCAUCACUUUACGAUACCAUAUGGCCUAUAAAUGGUACCCAAACUACAAAACCACUUGGACAAGGAAGUUUUAUUUUGCCGACCACUAAUUAUUUUAAAUGA